AGAGCGUAGACUGUAGACCCGGCUCCAUCGCUUUGAGUAUAAAGCAAGGAAGGAAGGGAGGAAGGAAGGAAGAAAAGAAAGUAAGAAACCCUACCUACACAGUCCACACACGAUAACUACUCUGCUGCUAGCUUCUGCUGCUUAUACAAAUAGACCCCUCCUUCAUCCUUUUUUCCUUCUCCCUGAAACUCCUUUCGACCUCCUCUGCUUCGUAUGUUUUAGAUCUUUGAGGCUUCCGACCAUGACCAACGUUCCUAAAUCUUUGAUAGACUCUUCUCUUAACCUUUUCAAGCUAGCUAUUUCUGGCUCUGAUCCCUGGCCUUUCUCCAUCUUUUUCUUCUUGUAGUAGUUAAGGAUUCAAUUUUAGGAUCAAUCGAUCUCCCGAUUAAUAAAGAAAGAAAGAGGGUUUUUUUUAUCUUGUUUUUUACUGUAUUCUUGAUUGAUUCAGAGAUGGGUAGUGGAGAUAAACCCCUUUUAAACUUUCAUCUGCAUUUACCUCUUCAUCACGGGAAGAAGGAUCCAAAGGCUAUCCCAAAGGGAUGCCUUGCGAUCAUGGUAGGUCAAGGAGAGGAACAACAGAGGUUCGUCAUCCCUGUCAUGUACAUCAACCAUCCUCUGUUCAUGCAAUUGCUUAAGGAAGCUGAAGAAGAGUAUGGAUUCGAUCAGAAAGGAACCAUCACCAUUCCCUGUCAGGUAGAGGAAUUUCGGCACAUACAAGGUAUCAUUGAUAGGGACAAAUCCUUCAAUCAUCAUCAGCACCACCACCACCACAACCAUAACCAUCAUCAUUAUAUUCCUCUUGCUGGGUGUUUCAGGGCUUGAAGGUGUGUGUGUCCAUUCAUUCAUUUUAUGAGCUUAUCCUUAUCGAGUCUGAAGUUUGUAGUCCUGUAAAUUUGGAUUUAGGGUCUGGGUCUGUAAUCGCUUUCUUCUUAAUUGGUUUUCUUUAUCUUUUCUUUUAUUUUUCUACUUACGUUGAUUGUUGAAGAAAGAAAAAAGAAAAGAAAAAAAAGAAAAAGAUAUACGAUGUUGAUGAUGGAGAUGACGAUGGUAUAAUAGUGAUAAUAUUAAUGAUUUGGGGUUGUUAUUCUUGUAA